CUAAAAGGGAACCAGCACCACCACCACUGAAAAUAGAUCUAGUCGCGUUGACUUUAAGAAUAGGAGAGAGUUCAACAUCACCAUGUCUUCUCCCAUCGGCCUCGGCUUGAGCGCUGAUGUCGGCAACGCUCGAAAUCCGUUCUAUAAUCCGGUGAUGGCCUCCUCGUCGCUCUCCAAAUCCAGUAUAAUUGCCUCACCAAAAUCAGCACGCAGCAACGCGUCAGCUAAACAAGUUCGGAUCCUGGAUCCGAAAGCUAGAACAUCUUCUUCAUCAGGACCAGGACCACCAACUACACACGGACUUAGUGUUAGUCCUAAAACAACUUCGACUUCUCUAACAGGACCAAUCCGUAACCGUAACAAUCCAGUUGAACCAGGAGCUCCAGCAUCAAUAGCACGAUGCUUUCAGACAACAACGAUACCUGGACCUGGAACUGUACAACAACAAGUGCCGAUAAUCACGUCUGGAUUGUCAUCCGGUCGAGUGACACCAAGCAUACCUACAGGGGGCCUAGCUUCACAGUCGACUACGCCGCGAUCAGCGAGAAUACAUGGAGGUAGUCUGUUAAGAAAAGUUUGUGAAAUGCACCCUCGUCUGCCUCUAGAGUGAACACAUUGUUUAGAUAUGGACCAGGAAAGCGAGGCAAAGGCAUUUCGGAAAGAUCUAGGUCUAGGUUCCUAGAAGUACUCUCUAACGCCUAUCGGAAUCGGACAAAGGUCACACAACACUAGCCCCAUCAUGGCGGGGCAACAACCAGCAUCGAUGGCGAUUCCUUCAACAGCGACUUUACGCGCUGCAUCUUUGGACAUACCUAAGUUAGACUUCGCAACUACGUUAAAAGGACCCGUUUUUCCGGCAACGGCGCCAGCUCUCAACAUGUGGUCAUCGCAGGAGGAGGAAUCGUUUCUUGGUCGAGGCGGUGAAGAAAAGGUGGAUGCAACGGUGCUACCUGGUGGUACGAGUGCGGGUGAUACAUCGAUGCUACAUGUUGCUGUUAGGAGUGGAAAGAAGUAGUGCUGUCGUGUCCCGGUGGUCCUUCAAGGAGAUGAUUACUGAAUGUAUCAGUUUCAAAGAAAGGACAGAGAAGAUCGAUCAAAAAUGAGUCUCAGAUCUACUUUUUUCAAGUAAAAGUGAUACAGUGAGAAUGUCGGAUGAAGACAUCUCUAACGCUCGAGGCUCAUCUCCAAGUGCACGCAGAAGUCCUAUCCCGAUGUCGAGGAGGAGCGCUGCUAAUACCAGUCCCAUGUUGACUAGCCGAAUGACAUCGCCAAAAGCACCUGCUGCUGUACUAGGAUCAUCAAAGGCAACUACCAACGAUAAAGACCCUAGUAUACGAACAAGUAACACGUUUUUAGAUGUAUCACUUUCUGCAAUCCAACAUCAGCAGAGUGGUAUUCUCCAGACCAGAGUUGCUAAUAGUUCUUUUAAUGUCCUAGGAAGUGGAUCUGCAACAAGUAGCGCUCGUGCAAGGACAACUGGUGCAACUUUUCUUCAACCCACUGGUGGAGCUACUUUAAGUGCUGCAACAAGUGCUGCUACGAAUACUUCAAGUGCUAGUACUUCUGCACCUUUUAUCGCGACGCCAUACCCUUUACCACCACCGAGCUUUGAUCAGAUCGAUCCAGCACAUAGAACAACGGAACCACCAAUGGUGAAUCGGCAAGCCAAUCGGUUGGAGACCGAGCUUUCGCGGUUGCAAUUCGACUACCGACAAAACCUCAGACUGUUGCAAACUAGGGAUAAGGAACUAGAACACGCGAUGGGCGAAAAGCAGGAGUUGAGGAACAAACUCGCGGAGUGCGAAGCAGAUUUGCAACAAAGAGAUUUAUGCAACAGUUCUACUUGUGAUGUGUGUCGUCGUCGUGUGUUGUGAGGAACAGCACUAGCUUAUACAAUAAGCGUAAGCGACGUGGUUGUAACGUUCGAUGUAAUUUUCUGUUUCAGAGUUUCAUCUUGAUGUUAAAAAUUUAGAGUUCCCAGAAUCUUCUAGAUGAAGUACUGGAACAUUACAGUAGUGCCUCUAGUAAGUUGCUUCUAAACCUCAUCAACUACAAGACUCUGGAGCGUCGCUUCUCUGAUUCAAAGCUGCAUGCAGAUGAAACCAUGCGAAGAGGUGACGCUGAAAAUAAGGCAGCACAGGAGUCCUUUAGGCGUGAACGAGACGCACUCGAAAAACGAAUGAAGGAAUCGACGAUGCAAGCGGAAGAAAGAAUUCAGGAUUUCAAAAAGUUAUGGCAUUCUUUUAGGGUCGUGUCAGGAAAAUGCGAUUGAGCACCUUCAUCGAGUCAACGGACUUGUAGAGCGAUUAUCUUUGAGCCCAUCAGCAUCACCUGAGUCAAGAAGAACGGCGUCUCUCAGAGUUGUAAUAAUGGUAGUGUCCAUGCUACUUGUAGUUACUCAACCACCUCCACCACCUCUAAAAGCAAGACUUGACGAAGCGGAGGCUAAAGCUGUGCAACGUGAGCGGCAGAUGGGAGAGGACCUUCAUAUCGUCAACGAAAAGCUCAAAGCGCACAAGCAGAAGCAUGCGACGUUGGUAAGAAGAUCAUCGAUGAUUAGUAAUUCCUACUGAUUUUGCACCACUUGUUUCUGUAGGUCUAUUUCGUCUUCGAUGCUGUUGUUGAAAAAUGAGUAAUAAAAAUGACUCUUUGCUCGAGUUCAAGCAGCACGUCAUCUUCUUCUUCCCAACAAGAACUAAAACAGUUGCAAGAAAAGGAGCACGAGUUGGAAAGGCAGAAGUCUGAUGCGGCUGAGGGGAUUCAGAAGGAGCAACUCCGAAUGGAGGGACGAUUACAAGAAGUGCAACUUCUGUUGGAGAAAUCAGAGCAACGCUGCAGAUUAGAAACAGAACAACACAGGCAGACGAAAGAGCGCUUGAUUAUGAACAAACUAUCUAACUAUGUUGUAGCGAUUGAUUUGUUUCAUUCUUGUCGAAAAUAGAUACGAGCGAGUAGCUAACUGCAGUAACAGACAUUUCUUGAAUUGUUAAAAAAUAGCACUGAAUUCAUACCCUGAAGUCUAAGUCUUUCCUCCCUCUCGUCUCCUCUAACAACAGCACUUUGGAGCUUCGCCUGAAAGAAAGCGAGGCUGAGAGUCGGUGCAAAAUGGAGGCACUGGAGGCGACGAUCUGUGAGAUGAAGCGCGCACAAGACCUGGAACGGGGUCAACUCGAACUACGAGUUUCCGAACUGAGUGACGAACGCGCAAGUCUAGAAAAGUCCAACAAGAAGAUGUGGGAGGAAAAUGUCGAACUCCAAAACAAAGGGGAAGCUUUGAGGUAAUUACUUUAUAACAGGAAGAACUAUUAACACGAAGUAGAUUUGGAUCAUGUUAUAAGGAUAAGAUGGAGGUCAUCAAGCUUAGUUUUUACAUCCAACUAGUACACUAGUACUUUUUAUCAAAUGUUGUCCAACUACUUUUACUCAUAUCUUUGUUCUAGUUCGUCUACUGAAAUUAUACUCUUCACAUCCUGAUCGAUCCUCUUCCUUAUUGGGAAUCUACCAGGACGUCAGAAACCGCUUUGCAGAAAACCGUAAAAGCCCUUGAGGAACGAGUGAGCCACAUCACGCGUGAGUCACAGAGAGAAACGCGAAAUAAAGCCAAAGAGCUUGAAGAAGCUUUAGAAAGAAUAUCGGACGAACGAACCAAAUUUUAUGACUUGCUGUGUAGUAUGACUACAGCACUCAUGGUCAUAAAAAGUAGAUACUCUCUUUGCCGUAUUAUCAAUGGAGAUAGCGAUAAGACGAGAGGCGCCUGCUGAAGAAAACAAAAUUGUGCGAGUGCAACGGUAUGAUUGGGCAUUUUAUAACGAGUGACUUAGUUCCAGUUCCUACUACAGGAUAAUAGGAAUAAUAAUAAUAGUUCCUACUUAGUACUAGUUGUACUACAGGAAUCUCACUACUUCCGUUUCAGAUCAUCACCUCUAACUUUUAGAGGAUCAAUUCCGCGUCGCAGCACAGUCAGAAGCGAAGAAGUGGGCCGCGGAUAAGGACAGCGCCGUCAGACCUUUGCGAAACGAGGUUAAACUUCUUUCUGAGUCUGUAGAGAGGCUGACGAAGGAGCUAAGAGAAGCUGUAGCAAGAGCAGAACUGUCCGAAUUGAACACCAGCAAAGCUAUGGUAGACUUUUUUCAUCCACCCCUUACUACACUUACUUUUAGUAUUUGUUUGGUAUCCUUUUGCUCCCUGCUCCAGCUUUGGUAUCCGUGGUUUGUUCCCUCCAUAGAAGACCACGGAUACAAGGGAAGAGCAAACGGUAGCAAGAUGGUGCUCGGGGGAUGGAUGAUUCAAGCACACGACUCUAACAAGGCGACCCAAGAAUGUCAGACCUUGCGCGAACAAAACGCUAGUUUGAAGCUACGAGUUUGGGCAGAUGAUGCAGCUGAACGAAUGGGCAGUGGUGGAAACGGUGGAAAGGCUUCUAGAGAACGAGCCCAGGAUCGUGGUAGAGAUGAAGCAGCUGAUGGACAUGCAGAUGCAGGAAAAGCAGCUGAGGAGGAACUAACUACACGCGAGACGACGGAUUCUAGGCGAUACAACGAACUCGUGAGGUCAGCACAAAAAGAUUUUGCGUUCACAAAACUAGAAAGCAACUACGCGAACAAAUCUAAAAACCACUACCAUCAUCAUAGUGGAGAUGGAACAACACCCAGGAAGAGGCACGACGAGCAUCAAGUUCAAGAGUCAUGCAUAAGGUCACCAGAUUUAUGGCUCUGAAGAGGAAGAAGUCAAUAACGUUAUUAACGAGAAGCAUUCUUCUACUCCUUGUUCGUGCAUAAUUCGUGUAAGCUUACAUCAGACGAACUGCGUAGUUCUCUAACAUAACCAAUGGCCACGAGGACUAUGUUCGUUCCCUCGCGAGACCGGUUUAGUGCUUCCCUGAGACCGCCGAAGCCGGAUCCGACUGCAGGCUUAAUCAGGUCCAGAUCGAGAUCGGCUGACACUACCACAGGCAUGCACACAAUGGACGCAUUAGAUCGAUCCGAGGAAGACCGACUGUUGCAGGCUCACCGAAGUAAGAUGAAUGAUGUGCGCAAACUUCUGGACCGUAGUGCAGCGGAACUGAGAAGCACAACAGGAGCGACAGCUGUAUCGAGUACGAGUUGUAGGGACGCGAAUUAUAGAACAUCUAGAGAACAGGAUGCUCAUGGUUAUGGUGAUAACUUCAGCGCAUCUUUUUCGAUUCCAGCAGCCUAUCCAUCAGCUAUUACAGGCUUUCGACCCAGCACAAGACGACCAAGACCUCCAUACGAACCAGCCUCUUCUUCUAGUAGUAGAGGACAUUUUCAGACGAGAAGUUCGGGCUCUCUACUAGGCCAGCAAGGCCACGUUGAUUAUUCCCCUGAGAAACAGAAACUUGAAGACGAAGCUGAUCCCAAUACGAGGGAUCCAGAAGCAGUCCUUUCCCAGCUUACAGAGGUACUUAGUCGCGUGACAGAGCAACAAGAGGAUCUGAAGAAAGCCUUAGUUGCGAGUCGUUUCUCCGCUUCUAGGGAGAACAAGAAUGACGAUCAGAACUACACCUCCUACGGAGAGGAUGAAGACAAACACCGAGAAGUAGCGUCCUAUAUUCAAGAGCAGCAGGAAUAUGAGGAUGAGGAAGAACAACAAGAACUGCAGGAAGUAGCAAUGCUAGAAAAACGAACCCAGGAACAAGCCUCAGACAUGAUGAAUUUGACUGCUCUUAUUGAGCAGGACGAGGCGUAUAUUCGUAGUCUGUCAGCGGAAAGGCUCUCGCAGUCUGGUGCGAAUUCGACUAGAAACUCUAGGAGCGUUAGCCCACGCACACAACUGGAAUCUGUUGAGACUGGUGCACUAGGAAGAAUCUUGCAGCUGUCAAAGAGUGCACCCACACUGGCAGGUGGUGGCAGUAGUGGUCACCCUAACAGGGCAGCGGCAGUGCGCAUCUUCACAGAGGACCACGACGUUCGAAGUAGAACUACAACCAGGUCCAGGUCUACAUCCCCCAACAUGAUACCAAAACUCCAACCAACAGGGGACGAGGCUUUUCCGGACAAGGUGAGCGUGAUCCGGAAUAGUAUUCUGCACACGGAGCCUUCGCCUUACAGUGCUCUGGAUAAUUCUAGUAUUGCCUAUUUUAAAAGCAGAAGCGCAAGUUCAUUUGUUCCACCAGGUGGUACCGGUAGAGCCUCCUCAGUCCCACCAGGUAGACCCUCCGCCUCCUCUAGUAGAGGAAAAAGUUAUAGGGGAGCUCCAGAACAACAAGAACAACCUGACGCCGGAUCCUCAUCUGAUAAUGCAUUCACAAUCCUGCUCAAAAGGAGCGGCGUGAACACGAAUACACCGGUUUUAUGGAGAAGAAAUGAAGCAAUUGGUUUUGAUUGGAGCAGAGGUUCAAGACGGUCUUGAAGAUGUUUUUUUUGAACGCCCUCAUUGUCAUGCAUCUUGUCGUGGACCACGUAUUUUUGAUCGCGACGAGUGAGCAGGACGAUGGGUUAUUAUAACUCCAAGAAGACCUUAACCUUAUGAUGAUCAACAUAGCAAGAACAGCCUUUUACUUUCUAAAACUCCUCUCCAGAAACAAGUACAGCACCAACGGCGAGCGUCGUUCUAGGCGGACACAGCGAAUCAAGAAGCUUGCUGAGGCGCAACUUGCUAGCCCUCAAAGUCCACGGAACCGGGUGAGUGACGAAGCCUCCGCCCAUAUUUCUAUCAUACCUCCUCUAGCCAACAGUGCUAAGCGACCGGAGCCACAUCUACUAUUAAGGCACUGCGUUGUUGUUGUAGUUUUCCUUCUCUUUGCUAGUAAGAAGUUCUAGAACUGUUACAACUAUCAAGACCACGACCCCUGCUACUGUUAUCCCUAUUUCCAUACCGGAGGGAAAAACACUCAAAAACACCGACCCUUUUCUAAAGAAUCGUGCUGCAAAGCUCCACGAUCGUGUCUGGGACAUGGAUAUUCCUGAAGACCAAGUAGCCGAUCUUUACUAUGGGAGGUCAACUGCGGAUAGAUCAGCUUCUUCGAGUGGUCUUUUGUUAUGGCCAUCCAAGUCCAAAAAGCAAGCUCAAGCAUGCUACCCUUUCUUACCUGGUAGAGAGAGCAGUCCAGGUCCAGAACUAAUAGCAAUACUGGCACAACAUCAAGUUCAAGGGGACGAAAAUAAAAAAGUGAAUGCACGGAAAAAAUGACCAAGCCCAUAUCAUGGAUGGAUAAUUUCAAAAGCAAAUCUUGCUACAUCAUCUUCUAAUUCCAGAACGCGCCGCAACAAGCAGAGGUGGAGGAACUUCUAGAGGAGGCAAGAAAGGAAAACCCGAAGUAGACUACAGAACGAAUAUGAGGGAAUCGUCUACGUCUUCUGCUUCUCAACAUUAUUCUUCGAAAAGGACAAAUUCUUCAAAUGCCUUCAACCCGACCAUUAUCGCACAACCUGCGUCUGUCCGCCGGCCCCCGAGCGGACCACGGAAAACUACAGGGGUUCCAAAUUCCUUGUACAAUACAUCAUUGCGUAAAAAAGGCGCAUCUAUGCCAAAAGCGCGGAUCGAUACGGGACUACGGUCAACUGGCGUGGGAGACAGCUGUAGAGGUGCUUGGGUAAAGUCGGGAUCAAACUAGUAGAACUUUUUUUCUUCUCAGACUCGGUCGUUCUCUCACUGUUUCUAUUCGUAUUCUGGUUUGAUACUAAAGAUUAAAAAUACUUCUACUCUCUGACUGUGUUUCUAUCUUGUCAUGAAAAAUUCAUUUGUUAGAAGCAACGUCUUCAUCUUCAUCUACUUACUUACAUCAAUCAUCACCUUCAAACACCAUCGCAGAAUCCUUAUACUACACUUUCGAAAACUACUAGAACAUCAUGGAUGUGAUGUCUUACUCUUGUUCUUGGUGGAUUGUGAUUAAAAUCUUCUUCAUGAAUCUGCUUCUAUAUUGAGCACUUACGUAUAUGCUUGCUCACUGAUAAUCGAUAUUUCGGCCUCGUGAUUCGCAGAAAGAAUGGCAUUCAGUAAAAUAUCUUUAGCGUGGAUGCUCUGUACUUUACCACAGUGCUCGCAAAUGCAAAUUGGUUCAAAAACCGCAAAACAGGCGUUGUGAUUCUGAAGAGGAGCAAAAAAUGAGUCUUCGUUAUAAAGUACGACAUAUUCAUCCUCCACGUUGUCCACAAGAAAAGAAAAGAAC